UUUAGGAGGGAAAGUGAACUUUACCAUGCGUUCUACUAUAUUUAAGAUAAAUAUCAUCAAAAACCACUUAAAAUCAACCUGAAAUGAGUCUGAGUUAAUGAAAAACAAGAUGGCGGAUGAAGAAACGUUGCAGCCGGUGGGAAACCUAACGACGCCGGAGGCUGAAGAACUUGAUGAAAUUAAGCUGCUUCCAUUUCAAAAAGAAGAGCAAAUGAAUUUAUUUGCAAAAACUCAACGGAAACGUGUUGCUAAACGAUCUUUCGCGAAUUUUGGGAUAACCACCUUGUCCUUAACCAAGGAUACGGCAAAACAAAUGAAGAAAAGAAAGCGUAAAGACGACAAGAAAUUCGUCGUGGACAAAGUAGAUGGAUUUACUUUUGUUUCUGCCUUCACCUUGAAUGAUUUUGAUGAAUAUGACAAGAAUCCUGUGAAACAACCAUUAGCACCAACCAAACGGAAGUCUUCUUCUAAUUUAAGAUCCAUAUCUUCUAAGAAAAGACCAAGAAUGGUUGCAGAUCUAGGAAUAUCAGGUGGUGAAGAUAUUGCAAAGCCAAAGGGUGAUUUUUUACAAGACGUUUUAAAGGCUGAGAAUGUACCAAAUGAGUCGAGUUUACACUAUGGUAAAACUGAGAAUGUAUCACCAUUAAAGAACAAGUCACCAUUAACAAAGUCAGCAUUUGUUCCCUUGAAGAAGCUCAAUGUAAGUAAGCUUAAAAGUCCACAAAAACAGCAAGUCAGUGAUGUGGCUAGUUACAAAAAACCUAACCAGAGCAACAGUUCCAAAAAUAGUGGGAAAACAACAACAAAGGCAUCCAGACAUAAAACCACCAGACCAGCAAGCUCCAAUAACCAGCCUAAGAAAAACAAGCAGGAUACAUCAGAUGUUGUUAAUGUUCAGAUCCAUGGGUUGCCAACAUCUGGUGGGGCAGACAGAUUUUAUGGUUGCCAUGAAGAUAGCCCAACUGGUCUGUCAGAUGAUGAGGAAAGUUUAGAAUUGGAUGUUUGUAGCGUUGAUGAGAAUUCAUCAUCACAAUUUAUCAACUUUUCUCUUGAGAAAAUGAACAAACUAGACACAAGUCAUCCCGAGAACAAACCACAGGCCAAACGGAAAAGAAAACCAUGCAGAGUUUGUUGUGCUUACCCAUGUCGAAUUGUUGAAGCAAAACGUAUCAAAUCUGGCAAGAGCCAGUUCCCAACGUUUAAUAUAUCAUUUACAUCAAGAUGUCAAGUGCAUACUCCUGGAGAUUUAAUAAUUAAUAACUCAAGUGGUAAUAAAGUUAAUACAUGCAUUCAAACUACUUCAACAGAUAUAAAAAUGCACCUGGAUUUUGCGAAACGGUUUCCCUACCGUAUCAUUUCCAUCCUUUCCUGUCAGCCUGCUCUUUAUGAUGAUGAUGACCUAAAGCCGUCAGACAAUCUUGUAACUGGAAACACAAGAUGCAAUGAGAGUCAUCGAAUGUUGGAACAAAAGCGUAGGAGUGAGUUACAUGGUUUAUACUGUCAACUUGCAGAUACGCUUUCUAUCUCGAAGAACAAGGCUAGCAAACAGUGGAUCCUGGAGAAUGCCCUCAAAGAAGUGGAGAACCUGAAGGCUCAGGAUGCACUUUUGACAGAAGAAAUGAAUUUGGAGAAAAUAAAGAAUGAAAAAAAGAGAAUGGAGUGGGAAAAAUUAGCAGGAAAGCCAUAUGUCACACCCAAAGAAAGUAACAAUAAAGGGAAAAGCAAGUCUAAACUUCUAGAACUGUACAAAGUAUUUAGACAGGAGAGAAAGGAAUUGAAAACCAUGCCAGAGGACUCGAAAUGUGAGCAAGAAGAGUUGAAGAGUGUGCCAAAAGAGUCUGUGGAUUCAAGCAAAGAACAAGAGAGAUUAUUGAAUGAUAAAAGUCAUUACAAAGCCAAGUUGGAUGCUCUGUGUGGUGUCCACAAAAGAAACAUGGCUGAAAGUUUUGGGGCGUCUGUCAUCACCACAAAUGAUGCUACAACAGGGUACACUCAUGUGAAAGACAAUCCUCCAAACUUCCUGUUCUGCUCAAGUUCCAAGUCAAAGAACAGUCUGCCAAUGGAUUCUCAAGUUGAGAAUCAUUUAAAAGUUACAGUAGUGAAGCCAGAAUCCAUAGAAUCACAUAAAAUUGUACGAAGAUCCCAAUCCACUAGUUCCCAGUCACUCGGUGCACCGAUUAUUUCAAAAAUAGAUUUAACAACUGAGUCAAAGAGCUCAGCUGCCGACCAAUCAGAAUCCUCAAUAAAAUACAAACAAAAUCAACCAACAAGUUUGUCUACAAAAUCCAACCAAGUACAAGAUCCAACUGCAGGAACAAAAAUCCCAAUAACCCUUUUGAAAGAAUCUUCAACGCCCACGGCUUCUUCCCAAAGCAGUGACCUCCUUUGCUCUACCACUUCCAUGCAGUCCCCAUCUAUCCCUAUACUGGUUAACCCAAGUACAAUGUUUCCAACGCCAAUUUCUUCUAAACCAAAUCAUUCUCCUUCUAAACCAACGCUUCAUUCAAAUAAAGAAUGUGUGAGUAUUACGAUGGUUGUGGACAGCGAAAAAACAACUUUCAGGAUCCCGAAGACAGCAAAUGGUCUGGCGUUACUUAGUAAACUUUCAUCAUUGAAAAAACUGAGUACGGAUUCUCGUAUGAAAAUCGCUGCACAGUUUCCCAAAUGCCAACCAUCCGAGAUUUCCACAACAACUGCAGGUACAAGCCAAGUCGCAACCAUCGGACCAACAACCAGCGGCUUGGUUACCACAACAGGCCACGUGAAUACUCCAGUGUUACCAACUCAAUGGUCAUCUGCUGUUGGUAUAAUCCAGAACUCCACCGCACCUGAAUGCAAGCCAGUUACACAGUCGUCUCCCGUUCAAGCUGUGAAUUCAUCCGUAGCAAUGAAACAACCGACAACAGCGAAGGUUGUUCAGAAAAUCAAUACUCUGCCAGCACCAGGAUCGAUUAUUACUUCAGAAACUCCUGUGAUUAGUUUUGCAACGAUAUCCCGACCAAUUAAAGUCCCUACGAUGACGACAGCUGCUAAAAUUAUUUGCGGGAAUGCUGGCGUCCAAAUUGGAAGCAACGUGAAAAGAAAUAGCGGGAUUGCGGUAUCGGAACAAAUGAAACGAAUCAAUCACAAAACACCCCGUAAAUCAAGCUUCGUGGAUAUGACGAACAAAGAACCAGAUAAAGAAUUUCCCGUCAUACCAACGUCGUCUAGUAUUAACGUCACCCUAAACAAGCUUGGAAGCAUCACUGGAAACAAAAUUUAUAACAUGAAGCCGUUAAAACGAAUUCAACAGCAAAAUCACCGCCCGACGAAGCGUCUGGAACAUUUAGAAACACCGCACAAAGAUUACCAGUUUCAUAGAAAUGCCCCCUUUCCAAUACUUCCCAAGCAUAUAGCAACUGUAACUGCCCCUAAACGUACAUCGAGUGUUCAUAUCUAUCCUGUUUUAACCCAAGUCCAUCCUGCUGUUGUUCCACCUGAAAAUCUUCCUGAGAUUCCUCCUGAUAUCCCAUCGGACCUGACCGAGGCAAGCCUGUCUCCUCUUGAAGGAAUCCAGAAAAUAUGCGAACCGUUGCUUGAAGGAAGGAGUAACGACGAUAGAGACCAGGACGACUCUGGAAUAUGCGUGAUCUCUGAUGUCUUCAGUCUGACUGAAACUUCCAAAUCUGAUACGGCGAAGAAUAGAGACGAUGGUGCUGAACGUCUUGAAGAUCGAGUAUCCUCGCGUUGAUGGAAGAAGCAAUCCGUCAUAACUGUUAGCAAAGUCGAAGAUGUAUAGCAUUCUGUAAUGAACAUACACAAUCUAUUUUUAAUAAACAAAAUAUAUAAUAUAAAGGAACCUUAUCUAUUUUAAAUGGUAGUUUUCAAUGAUGAUAAACAGAAGUGGCAAGAUAUAUUUUAUAAGUCUUAGUUGCCACUGAAAUUAAUCAUCAUUUGUAUGGAAUGAAAGGCUAUGGUAGUAGUUUGUUCAUAAUUUAGUAUUUUUGAAUUACACAAGCCACAUUGAGUGCUAAUUUGGUUUAUGGUUCACAAGUUUGAACAGUUGUAUGUGUAGCUGAAUUGGCACGUUAGGAUAAUCUUAAUCCAUCAAAUGUAGUUAUAAAUAAUUAUUAUAUUUACCCUUUGAGUUUUGAUGAAUAUAAUACCUUGCACAAUGAAACCAGAAUCUUGUGUGUUUUUUUUAAAUCAUCAGCAAUCUGCAUUGCUUCGACUUUGUUUUACAUCUUGGUCUGAUUCUUUUAAGGAAAUCAUGAUUUUUUCUUCUCUAAUCC